AUGGCAAAAUGUAGAAAAAGUUCUACUCACGUUACUGCUUUAGAAAAUGAAAACAAGGCAUUAAAAGCUGAAGCAAAAAAGAAAGAGUCAGAUGAUGCGAGGGAUUGUGAGUCUAAUACCGUUGAUAAAAAUCAUGAUAAUUUAUCUGUUGCUCUACCGAUCCCUAAACCGUCUGGAAAAUCAAGCAAAUUUGCGAAUUUGCAUCUGAAAUUAAAUUUGGAGAAGAACAUAUAUAAAAAUUACAGGGCUACCUUUUACAGAUUUAUUGAACACCAUACUCCCAUUGGAAUUCAAUAUAAAAACCUUGAUAAAAAUAUUAGAGCUAAAAUUAUCCCAAGUUCAAGAAAGCUAAUCCUCACUUUUCUGAUUGUAUCAGUGAUUGGGCCUUAUCAACUAUAUUUUAUAGGAGAAAAUGCUCGUCGUCAGGAUAAGAAAAGUUAUAUCGAAAAUAAAGUCCAGUCAGUGGUGAGAAGCAUGGAAGGACGAAUCAAUCAACCAUCAAAGAAGCAUGAAAGGAAGUGUACUCAAAAAAAGAUGACUUCUACUAACCAUUAUUCUGAAAGUCAUGAAGAUUCUUAUGACUCAGAAAGUUCUAAGGAUAAUGUCGAAGAGAAUAAAAUGACGGAUAGUGUCUCUUCAUAA